AUGUGCGGUUUCUCCUCAAGAUUCCUCUCGCUUCGCAAGAUUGGCCAACAGCAUGCCAAGCUGGAGGAGGAGCUAGAGGCUGCGGAGGAGGCUCGUCGCCGGGCGGACGAGAAAGUUCGUUUGGCCGAUGCGAAGGUCGAGCGUCUUCGCAAACAAAAGAAGAUGUGGUUUGAAAAAAUGAUGCGAGCUGUGUCUCGCGGAAUUGAUGACUUGGAGGAAUUGGAUCGGGUGGAGCGUGAGGAGGCGGAACAGGAGGAGCGUCGACGAUCAGCCGAGGUCCUGCCUGAAGUGUCCUUGGAGUCGCUUCUUCCGGAUUCCAAUUUUGUCUGGGAUUCGACUUUCCCGAUGGGUCCUCUGAAUCCUUCGUUGUUGGAUGAGAUGAAUGUUCUUGCGCAACAUUCCGUUCGUCUGGUGGUAUGGUUUCGAGUCCUGGUCGGCCCUUAA